AUGAAGAUUGAGAUAACUAAAGAAAUUAAUAUUGAGAGCUUGCCAUUGGAGAAGGACCUCCUGGUUGAAAAAAUCAAGUCAGCUGUCGAAGACCCUGAGUUGGAAUUGGACUCAGAAUUGGUGAAAAAGGUGAUCUCUGACAUUUUGGGUGAAUUGAUCAGCAAAUCCUCAUUGCACAAAUUCUUUGUAAACGUGGUCAGAAUUCAAGGAGUCGAAGGUCAAAACUUAAACAUAUGCAGCACUUCAGGUGGCCAUUGGGACCAACACAAAGAUGGUCUCUUGAAUUUCAAAGUGGAAGUAGAAGGAGGUAUCUUGAUGGUUAGUGUCGUUUGGCUCAAGUCCUAA